UGUUUUUGUAUCUGCUUCAGAGCGGAUUCAACCGCCAAGUAAGUUACAUUUUGCCAUGUCACGCUAAAGUAGUUUGAGACCACUUUAAUGAUAGAAAACUGGAUUGUCGUGGGCACAGAGACGUACGCAGCUGGAUACAGGGUCUGACAUGAGAGCCCGUCGUGUUUUCUGAAGAUAAUCCCCGGUGACUGUUGAGCCGCUGCUCUUACUGUAAAGCUAAUGUUAGUCAGUGAAGCCAGAAGCCUCAUGUUUUCUUCGAGCCAAGAGGAGCACUGCGCCCCGUCCAAAGACCCGGUGAAGUACGGGGAGCUGGUGGUGCUGGGGUACAAUGGCUCUCUGCCCAACGGAGAUCGGGGUAGACGGAAAAGCAGAUUUGCGCUGUACAGGAGGACCAAAGCCAACGGUGUUAAGCCGAGCACUGUGCACAUCCUCAACACGCCACAGGCCAGCAAGGCUGUGAACUGUAAAGGCCAACACAGCAUCUCCUACACAUUGUCCAGGAACCAUACGGUGGUGGUGGAGUACAGCCAUGACAAAGACACAGACAUGUUUCAGAUUGGGCGUUCCACUGAGAGCCCCAUAGACUUUGUGGUGACUGACACAAUAGCAGGAGGCCAGGAGGGAGAGGAGACUCCCAUCACACAAAGCACCAUCUCCCGCUUUGCGUGCCGAGUUGUCUGUGAGCGUAACCCGCCUUUCACUGCUCGCAUCUACGCAGCUGGGUUUGAUUCUUCCAAAAACAUCUUCCUCGGGGAAAAAGCCGCAAAGUGGAAGAACCCCGACGGUCACAUGGACGGACUGACAACCAAUGGUGUGCUGGUAAUGCACCCCAGGGGCGGGUUCACGGAGGAGUCAAAGCCGGGCGUAUGGAGAGAGAUCUCUGUUUGUGGGGAUGUUUACACACUGAGAGAGACCCGCUCAGCACAGACCCCAGGCAAACUGGUGGAGCAUGAGAAUAAUAUACUGCAGGACGGCUCCCUGGUGGAUCUGUGUGGAGCCACGUUGCUGUGGCGUACUGCAGAAGGCCUCUUUCACACUCCCACCCAAAAGCACCUGGAGGCUCUCAGGCAGGAGAUCAACGCAGGGCGCCCCCAGUGCCCCGUGGGCCUCAACACGCUCGCCUUCCCCAGCAUGCAACGCAGCCGCGCCCUCUCCUCCCUGGAGGACAAGCAGCCGUGGGUCUACCUGGCCUGUGGCCACGUUCACGGCCACCACAACUGGGGCCACCGCUCGGAGCAGGAGGCCAGCGCUCAGCGAGAGUGUCCCAUGUGCCGGGUGGUCGGGCCCUACGUGCCGCUGUGGCUGGGCUGUGAGCCGGCCUUCUACGUGGACACGGGCGCUCCCACUCACGCCUUCGUGCCGUGCGGACACGUGUGUUCGGAGAAGUCUGUCAAGUACUGGGCCGAUAUCCCUCUGCCCCACGGCACCCACGCCUUCCACAGCGCCUGCCCCUUCUGUGCCACCCAGCUCGGCCUCACUCAGGGCUGGUCCAAGCUAAUCUUCCAGGGCCCGGUGGACUGAGCCGAAGGGUCCUGCUCCGGCAGAGGAGAUUAGACAGGAAUGCCAACAUGCUGUGAAACUGUUCCGAUUAUUUUGUGCUUUCUUUUGUUCAUGUAAGCCAGCUGUGGGAAGAAGUAAGUCUUCUCAAGUUCCGGUCAUAUACUGUGGAUUCUGCACAACAGAGAGCCACUACGGCUUGUUCAGGGGCCUCGCGUGGCUAUUUGGAUGGCCACUGUGGGAUACAGAGACGUGAAGCACACUGGACCACAGAUGCCUUGCUCCUCCAGAAUGAAAUACUGGUUCAGCUGUUUUAAACUACAAACGACUGCUGGUUCUCCAUUCCGAGGGCUGGAGAAUUAAGGUUGUUGAAGGAAUAAAUUGAGAAUGAUUUAAAGUUUUUACAGAGCCAGACAGCUGGACUGUUGGCUGGGAGAAAAGCCAAGAGAGACUCUGGGUCUAAUGGCUAACUAGUUAAGUGCUCCCCAUUGCCCCGUCGGCCCUGAACCCCCUAAUGGCAUCUAGGUCAUGUAGUUCUCCAGAUUUGGGCUUCCGUUUGCUAAACAGACUUUAAGGACUUAAUGUACAGAGAUAUAAUCCAGUGCCUCAAAUCCCAUUAAACGGUGGGAAUAUUUUUAAUAAAUGAGAGAAGAUGGCAAAGGGAGAGAUAGUUUUGCAUUCAUAAGACAUAUGGAAAUGACACAUGGAUUCUUCAACACGUUUGUAUCUGACAGAAGAGGUAUUUUACUACACUGAGGCCCAUGUAGUGUUUUGUAAUUCAAAUGUUAAUAUAUUUUUCUCCUGCAUAAAUAACGUGUGUGUGGGUGAGAAUGUGUGCAUGUGUGAGUGUGUAUGUGGGUUGGACUCCCUUUGGGCUUUGUUUAAAUCGGCCUGCAUCAUUUCACCCCGAUCCCCUUUCUAUGAUCUCGCCCGCCACCCAAAACACUACCAGAGAGAACAGGAAGCGAACCAACCUCGCAGGCUUUGACAAUGAAUGUACUGAAAUACAUCGACUCUCCUCACUGGUGGUACUUUAACCAUGCAACUAACUUUCUCAAUGGCUGUGCUGUUACAGCUACAGGCGAGGCCAAUUGGCAGUGAAAGAUUAGAGCUGUACCACCGUAUGCAUCAGCCGCACCUGCUCGCUUAGCUUGCUAGCUAGCCGUGCCCCACACACACACACGUACUGUAUUCAAUCUGCACUGUUGUUAGCUUUAUCCCAUGCUGGGUCUGAUCCAAUGAUUUGUACGCUGUUAAACCUGGGCACAGUCUCAGCAGCAUCCAGAGAUUAUACCAAAUAUAAGGAGGAGCUGGUU